GGACUGAGCACCGCAUUCGACGCACGCGAGAGCUGCAGCGGACAAACGCGAUUGGUGCCGAUGAGGACUCUGGUGAUUCCGCAACACAGUCAGAAGGGUGAAGGGAGCCAAAUUACAACAUAGCCACAUGCCUAAGCCAUCUAUUUGGACAGAAUUAUUCUGGAAUUCGCUGUUUUAAAAGAAGAGGAAAUAUUAAAACAUCCAAUUAAGACUGCGAUAGUGAUAUGAAUUAUUUGUUCAAGGUCUCACAGGAAACCUAGCGGAGUACAGCCGGCGAAUUCAAGCGGAGACCAACGGUUAACGUUAGCUAGCUUUAGCCUGUAGCUAUCGUUAGCUCAGAAUCUGAUAUUUCGUCCACUCUCACCAGGCACCUGCAAGACACGCCGUCCCGUGUUAUAGCUAAUUAACCUAAUCGGUAACGGUCACCAUCGUAGGGACCCGCUCAUAUUUUCAAGUAUUUUGUUUUAAGUUCCGCGGACACACCAAAGGAGGAGAGAACCGUUACAGGUUGAGGCUGGGACCAGCAGGGCGAAACAAGCGGUGUCCUCAAGUGGCCGUUCACCAUGGACAACGCACACACAAAGACGGUUGAAGAAGUUUACAGCUUUUUUAACGUGAAUGAAAGCACAGGUCUGAGUUUAGAGCAAGUGAAGAAACAACGGGAACGAUAUGGACCAAACGAAUUGCCAGCUGAGGAGGGUAAAUCCCUUUAUGAACUUGUGAUUGAACAGUUUGAAGAUUUGCUUGUGAGGAUCCUUUUACUUGCUGCCUGCAUAUCCUUUGUGCUGGCCUGGUUUGAAGAGGGAGAAGAAACCAUUACAGCCUUUGUAGAGCCUUUUGUUAUCCUGCUUAUUCUCAUAGCAAAUGCCAUUGUAGGAGUCUGGCAGGAGCGAAAUGCAGAAAAUGCCAUUGAAGCACUUAAGGAGUAUGAGCCAGAGAUAGGGAAGGUGUACCGCCAGGACAGGAAAAGUGUCCAGAGAAUCAAGGCCAGGGACAUUAUCCCUGGGGACAUCGUGGAGGUUGCAGUUGGUGAUAAAGUGCCAGCAGACAUUAGGCUGUCGUCUAUCGUGUCAACAACACUGAGGGUAGACCAAUCAAUUCUUACAGGAGAGUCUGUAUCUGUGAUCAAACACACUGACCCUGUACCAGACCCGCGUGCUGUCAACCAGGACAAGAAGAACAUGCUCUUUUCUGGAACCAACAUUGCAGCUGGUAAGGCUAUUGGCGUGGUGGUGGCCACCGGCGGCGCCACAGAGAUUGGCAAAAUCCGAGAUGAGAUGGCAGCAACGGAGCAGGAGCGCACACCACUGCAGCAGAAGCUGGAUGAGUUUGGACAGCAACUGUCCAAGGUUAUUACACUGAUCUGCAUUGCUGUGUGGAUCAUCAAUAUUGGACAUUUCAAUGAUCCUGUCCACGGAGGCUCCUGGAUCCGAGGUGCUGUCUACUACUUCAAGAUUGCUGUGGCUCUGGCAGUUGCUGCUAUCCCUGAGGGUCUGCCUGCUGUCAUCACUACUUGCCUUGCUUUAGGAACACGCCGCAUGGCCAAGAAGAAUGCCAUUGUCCGCAGUUUGCCGUCUGUGGAGACCCUUGGCUGUACAUCUGUCAUCUGCUCUGACAAGACCGGCACGCUGACCACCAAUCAGAUGUCUGUGUGCAGGAUGUUUAUUGUUGAUCAGGCAGAGGGGGAUCACUGCUCAUUAAAGGAAUUCACUAUUACUGGCUCCACAUAUGCCCCAGAUGGAGAAGUGUUCCAUGAUGGCAAAACAGUCAAAUGUUCCCAGUAUGAUGCCUUAGUGGAGCUGGCCUCUAUCUGUGCUCUCUGUAAUGAUUCCUCAUUGGACUUUAAUGAGACCAAAGGUGUGUAUGAAAAGGUGGGUGAGUCCACAGAGACGGCUCUCACAUGCUUGGUGGAGAAGAUGAACGUGUUCGAUACAGAUGUCAAAGGCCUGUCCAAGAUUGAGAGAGCCAACGCCUGUAAUUCUGUAAUCAAGCAGCUGAUGAAGAAAGAGUUUACACUGGAAUUUUCCAGAGACAGGAAGUCCAUGUCUGUGUACUGCACUGCUAAUAAGGCCCGGUCCUCUGUUGGCAAGAUGUUUGUAAAGGGUGCCCCUGAGGGAGUGAUUGACAGGUGCACACACAUCCGUGUAGGCAGUAACAAGGUGCCCUUGACCCCUGGCAUCAAGGAAAAAAUACUGUCUGUGAUCAGGGAAUAUGGAAGUGGAAGGGACACUCUGCGCUGUCUGGCUCUCGCCACCCGAGACCAGCGCAUGAGCAAAGACGAGCUGGUGUUGGAGGACUCCACCCGCUUCAUUGAGUAUGAGACUGAUCUGACAUUUGUUGGCUGUGUGGGCAUGCUGGAUCCUCCCAGGGCAGAGGUGGCAGCCUCUAUUAGACUCUGCCGCCUUGCAGGCAUCAGAGUAAUUAUGAUCACCGGAGACAACAAGGGGACGGCAGUGGCUAUCUGCAGACGUAUUGGUAUUUUUGGAGAGGACGAUGAUGUUUCCAGCAUGGCAUUUACUGGCCGAGAGUUUGAUGAUCUCUCUCCUGCUGCUCAAAGAGACGCUGUGGUCAAGGCCCGCUGCUUUGCCCGUGUUGAACCUUCACAUAAAUCUAAGAUUGUUGAGUAUCUGCAGUCCUAUGAUGAGAUUACAGCUAUGACUGGUGAUGGAGUCAAUGAUGCUCCUGCUCUAAAGAAGGCUGAAAUUGGUAUUGCCAUGGGCUCAGGCACAGCUGUGGCCAAGACCGCCUCUGAGAUGGUGCUGGCUGAUGACAACUUUUCCACCAUUGUGGCUGCAGUUGAGGAAGGCAGAGCUAUUUAUAACAACAUGAAACAGUUCAUCAGAUACCUCAUCUCUUCAAAUGUGGGCGAGGUUGUCUGCAUCUUCCUGACUGCAGCUCUGGGGUUCCCUGAAGCCCUUAUCCCUGUUCAGCUGCUCUGGGUCAACCUGGUGACUGAUGGUUUGCCUGCCACUGCUUUAGGCUUCAACCCACCAGACUUGGACAUCAUGAGUAAGCCACCACGCAACGCCCGUGAGCCCCUCAUCUCUGGAUGGCUCUUCUUCAGAUACCUAGCCAUUGGAUGUUAUGUUGGGGCGGCCACUGUUGGUGCUGCUGCCUGGUGGUUUGUCGCUGCUGAGGAUGGUCCAAGGAUCACCUUUUACCAGCUGAGCCACUUCCUGCAGUGCAGUCCAGACAAUCCAGAAUUUGCAAAUCUAGACUGUAAGGUGUUUGAGUCCCCUUACCCUAUGACCAUGGCCCUGUCUGUGCUGGUUACCAUUGAGAUGUGCAAUGCCCUAAACAGUGUGUCAGAGAACCAGUCCCUGGUGAGGAUGCCUCCCUGGGACAACGUGUGGCUGCUGGGAGCCAUCUGCCUCUCUAUGUCCCUUCACUUCCUCAUCCUCUAUGUGGAGCCUCUUCCAAUCAUCUUCCAGAUCACCCCUCUGAAUAUGACACAAUGGCUGAUGGUGCUCAAAAUCUCACUGCCUGUUAUUCUACUUGACGAGAUUCUCAAGUUUGCCGCCAGGAACUACCUGGAGCCCGGUAAAGAACUGGAGAAGCCUGCCAGCUGCAAAGGCUGCUGCCUGUCUGCAUGUAUGGAGGGCAUCUCCUGGCCCUUCGUGGCCAUUUCCCUCCCUUUGGUCCUCUGGAUCUACAGCACCGACACUAACAUGGCCGACAUGUUCUGGUCCUGACUGACUUGAGCACAACCUCGACUUUUCCAUUUCCUCCCCACCCCCACCACCACCACCAUCACCUCCCUCUGUCCUCUCCCUUUUCCCUCUCUGCCUUCCUACAUGUGAUUAGCUUGUGUGUGUGCGUGUUUGUAGAGUUAGCGAGUGUACUUGUGCGUGCCUACCGUGUGUGUACGAGAAGGACCAACUUUAACAUGAAACGUAACAAAUAAUAUAAAAUGUUAACAUUGAAAAGUCACCUGGUUUGAGUUGGGAAUGUGUGAGGCUUUAAAUGCGAGUGUCAGAAGACCAUCACUCUAGUAGUUGUGUUGCUGGUUUGAAAGAAAAUAUACUGUUGCCAGGUUUUAUUAUUAUUAUUAUUAUUAUUAUUAUUAUUAUUAUUGUCAAUAUUGCCUUUUAAGGUUUAUAUUUUUUAAUGAUUUUGGGAAUAUCAGUUGUCUUAUGUCACUACAGUAACAACAGCAAAUAGUUUUGUUUAGCUUCCCUCUUCAUGAAAAGAAAAUUAAGAUAUCAGAAAUCAAUUGAUCUGUACAGAGAUUGAAUUUUAUGCAACUUUUUUUUUUCUAAAGGACUUUGUCAAUUGUUUGAUCAGCGUGGCUUAGAUAUACCGCCUUCAUUUAUUUUCUCAUGUUUACCAUUGUGUCUUCAGUAUAAACUCAGAACUCUUUCAGAGAGGACAAGCUCCGUGUGGCAGACGAGGACUGGGAAAGGUUUGGGAGUGAACAAUUGAAUGCUCUGUUUAAACAAAUGAAAAAGAAAUCUUGAAAAACAAAGCCGCAUGUCCUGUGACCAAGCAUGAACUGUAUGUGGUUUCUCAUUUCUAAUUUAAUUGUAUAUGUCCCCCGCCCCUCAAGUAUAAAUUAACCUCAUGGAUGUAUUUUUUAUUAUUAUUUUUUUUUUACUACAAUGAUUUGAAAAUAAGCCAGUUUUUCUGCACUGGGCAGAGCACAGCUACCUCAAUAUGAUAAAGAUAUGUUUUUUUGCUCAUCUCUAGAUGCUUUUCCUAAACGGUCUUGCUAAAGCGUAACAUAUGAGGUGUGCCCCUAUUUUCUUGUGCAGAAAAAAAGGAACAAAAUUUCCAUUCCCUCUUAACAUGUUUAAGGAUAUAUUUUGUUUGUAUUGAUUUUUGACUUUCAUUAACUUUAUUUGUGUUUUGCUUUGGAGAUAGAACUGAGUGGGGGUGAUGUAUGUUAAUUACAUCUCCAUAGCGUUUGAUUCAAAGGACAGUAAUAAUAAAAUCUGAAGAAAAAAUACUAAUACAGAAAGGAGUCCAAAUGAAAUUGGAUUGCGACACAUAAGAACCCAAAAUGUUGUUUACUUCAAGAAAAAAAUACCCUCAUAAACCCUUUGAAUCAAAGUGUUUUCUGUCUUCAUUUAAUACGAUUAAGGCCAAUUGUUAUGAACGUUAUUCAUAUCCAGUGA